AUGGCAAAUCGAGGAUGCUGGUCAAUUCUGGUCUUCCUGCUCUUGUUAGCUUCGUGCAACUCUAGCAGUGUACCGCGGGUCCAAGCAGUAAAUGACAUAAGUACAAACCAUAAGCCAAGAUUCCACGAUUGUACACACUAUGAGCCAACGUUGAGAAAAGAACAGCCAACGGGUACACCUGUACUACGUGUAACAGCCUCCGAUCCCGAUCAAGGGCAAACGUUAGAAUACAGCAUUGCCACCAUGCCAGAGGACCAGAAUUAUUUCAAUAUUGAUAAAACCACAGGGCAAAUCGUGUCGGCCCAUGUUUUCGAUCGAGAUGCACCAAUAAGAGAUCGAGAAAUUAAUCUUACGGUACGGGCGACCGACAACGGAUCGCCUACUCUGGCAGAUGUUUGUACUAUCAAGGUGACUAUUCUGGACAUCAACGACGAUCCAUCGAUAUUUCAGGAAUGUGUCUAUCAAGUGUCAGUGACGAAAGAUCUGCCACUUAACCAGUCCCUGGCCACCAUCUCAGCAAUGGAUCUAGAAGAAGGUGAUAACAACCGCAUUAAGUAUGAGAUCGUACAAGAACACGAAGAUAGCAGCUAUUUCGACAUCGAUGAGAGUAAUGGCUUGCUCACACUAGCUAAACCAAUCGACCGUAGUCCAGGACAGUUUUAUACAAUUCAUGUUCGGGCGUAUAGUGAAGGCUCAAUGGAAAACCAAACACAGCAAACAAAAGUAAUGGUCCGUGUACUUGACCCUAACGAUCAUGCACCGUACUUCAUCAAGAUGCCAAUGGUCCCUGUGAUGCUCAAAGAAACGUUUCAACACUACAACAUGGUUUUAGCGGAGUAUGAAGCUGUUUCAAACGUAAAGAAAGAUGAUUUUGUAGAUUUCCAGAUAGUGCAAGGAAAUACUGACUUAACAUUUUUACUGGACCAAAUCAACAAUACGGUGGCUUACAUUAAAUUGCGAAGCAGCCUUGACUACGAAAGGACAACGAAUUAUACGCUGGUAAUAAGAGCAACGAACUCUCUUAACGAAUAUGCAGAAGUAUGUUUGACGAUCAUGAUUGUGGAUGAAAAUGACAACUACCCCGUAUUUGACGACGACACGGGAACUAUCCUAGAGUACGAGUUGCCUGGUACAUUUGUAAUGCAAGUCCAUGCCCGGGAUGAUGAUGGCACGGCUCCCAACAACAUUGUGUCCUAUCGGUUGGCGGACACGGAUAGGCAAUAUUUCCAAAUUGAUAGUCAAACGGGCAUCAUUACAUCGAUGGUGAAAUUCGAUAGGGAAACGAAAAAUAUCUACGUGGUGAGAGUGACUGCGGAGGACAACGCGCCGUCUGUGGAAUUUAAAAACGGAAGCCCAAAUAGCGUUACAAAGCACUUUUUGAUUCAAGUUUUGCCCAGAAACUAUUACAAUCCGCAGUUCGAGAAGAGAAUAUAUAGGUUCAAUUAUCUAUCGGAAGACACCGCCAUCGGCACAAAACUGAUUCAAGUGAAGGCCUACGACAAAGGUAAACAUUCCAGCAUCAAGUAUAGCAUUCUCAAGAACAACGUGGGGGAUGCGUUCAAAAUCGACGAAAAUACAGGUGUGAUUUCGGUAAAUAAUCAGUUAGACUACGAAGCGAUGUCAGAUUAUAAACUGUACGUAAAGGCGGAUAAUGGUCUAUUUCAUAAUUCAGUGAUCGUACGGUUCGAAAUAGUAAACGUUAAUGAUAACGCACCGAUAUUCAUUAAUUUGCCAAAUGUCACGAUCCCAGAAGAAACUAUCUCUCCCGAUUGUAUUGCGAUUGUGAAGGCUUACGAUCCUGACACACAGAACUCUGAAAUACCUCAAGGCAUACAAUACACACUCGAGAAGGAACUUGAGCAGCUACUGGAAAUUGACGACAGUGGAUGCGUUCGGUUAUUGAAGCCACUUGAUCGUGAUCCUCCUGAUGGUGCAAAAUUACGGCACAUCAAAAUUACUGCGACGGAUGAAAAUGGUAAAGGACAAGAUUCAACGGGCACACUAAACAUCACAUUGGAAGACAUUAACGACAACGCACCCUAUUUAACAAACACGCAACCUAUUGCAUGGGGUAAAAAUCGGACUCCGGGUAGGAUAACUAAGCUAACAGCGCAAGAUGCGGACGAAGAUCAAAAUGGCCCUCCGUUCGUUUACAGCAUCGAUCCAGAAGCCCCAUUGGAGAUAAGGCAACGAUUUCAAAUUGUAGGAGACGAAUUGCAUGCAUUAAAUAAGUUUGAUCGCGACGACCCAAAAGAAUACAGCGUUCCUAUCUUGGUGAGAGAUUCGGGUGAUCCGCCGAUGAGCGCUAUUAGCACUCUGCAGAUAGUGAUCGGAGACGAGAAUGAUAAUAAAAAGCAACAGAGUAAGAGCGAUAUAGUGGUCUACAAAUACAAAGGAAAGACAUCUGAUAUAGACAUUGGACGUGCACAUGUGAACGAUGCAGAUGGUUUGGAUUUGUCUAACAAAACAUUUCUCUGGGACGAGGUAACAAGUGAAGAAUCUUUGAAGCUUUUCCAACUGAACUUCAGCACCGGUAUGAUAACAAUGUUGGAAGCUACACCUUGUGGACAGUAUGAUCUUCGUUUUCAAGUAGUUCAAACCUCGGACCAUCGUUCUCGACACAAUGUCUCAGCCCGAGCAACGGUGUUGGUGAAGGAGGUUUCGGAACAAUCAAUAGACCAGAGCGGAUCAAUUCGAUUCUACAAUGUAACGGCAGACGAAUUUAUAUCUCAAACACCGGAGCAUCGCAGCACACCGCUGCAUCGACUUCAAACGAGUAUUGCAACUGUUCUAAACGUCAGUUCAACCGAUGUGGACAUAUUCACGGUCAACAAUCGAAAGCUCCCUAAACUAUCUUUCCUGGACGUGUUCUUUGCGGUCAACGGUAGUGUUUACUCAACGUCUGAGGUGCUCAACGGUGUACUGAGUUACCAGCUGCAUCAACUGGAGGAAGACGUCGGAUUUCCGAUCGAGGUGGUUGGCAUCGAUGAAUGCGAGUUGCAAAGUAGUACUUGUGAGCAGUCAUGCAGGAAUAAGGUUCACAAAUCACCCAAACCGAUCGUCGUCUACGGCAACGCAACUUCCUUCAUAGGAAUAACCACAUUCGUAGAGGCGGAAUGUGUCUCAGAUACUCCGUUGAUCAUGUGCUUGAACGGAGGCACGCUUGAGAGUAAUAGCUGCAUAUGUCCAAAUGGCUUCGAGGGUCCACAGUGUGAAUUGAUCGACAUCUGUUUCGAUGGCAACGGGUAUGCCAUUUAUCCAUCGAUCAUUGGUGGCACAAUUUCAAACAUCAGCAUUGAGAUGUUACCCCAACGGACAGAUGGUUUGGUGUUGUACAUUGGACCCAUGAGGUACAAUCCGCGUGUAAAGACACAACCGUUUCUUGCAUUGGAGAUAAUCGACAGUAUGGUGGUACUGCUAUUAGACUACGGAACUGGAACGUUCCGUAUCCAGGAUCAACAGAUAUUUUCUCAAUACGAUUUAUUGAGAGUGGAUAUUUCAUUGAAGCCCGAAACGAUUGAGAUGAAUACCUUGAAAAAUAAGGUUGCAAUUAGCAACAGCCGAUACAAAAAUAAGGAUUUUGGUGGCAGCAUUAAGACUCAUGGACCUGUUCAGUUGGGCGGUACAAUCGUCGAUUUCACAAAGCUUGGGUCACUAUACAACUGGACGUACAUACCACAGACAAAGGGGUUCAAUGGCAGCUUGCGGAUCCUGACAAUAAAUGGGCGCACGAUAGAUUUUCAGCAGCAUAAUUUGGCACAGAACCUUCAUAGCAGCAUUAUAUUUAGCAAAAAAAACAACAAGGGCGUAAAGAAAACAACGAACCAACAUUCACAGCCAUUACUUAAUAAUAAUAAAACCAGUAUUGGCGUUCUCGAAAAAGCCGGAGACUUGAAGCAACUGGAGGACGCCCUAGCCACACUCGACGUGGACGUCGUAGCUCUACAAGAAAUCCGGUGGCCAGGGAACGGUGUGCAGAACAGGCGUGGCAGCAACAACCAUUACAACAUUUACUAUGGUUGCCACGACCGCCACCACAUGCUCGGAACGGGUUUCGCUUUAGGUCUCCGGCUGAAAUCCGAGAUCAUCGGAUUCCAGGAUCUUCUAGUUAACAUCUUCAAUCGCUGCAUGGAGCUAUGCUACUGCCCACAGGCAUGGAAAUGCGCUAAGGUGAUUCCGAUUCUUAAACUGGGUAAGGAUCCGUCAUCAUCCUCCAGCUAUCGACCAAUUAGCCUGCUCAGUGCAUUAGGCAAAUUGUUCGAAAAGUUAAUCUACUUUAGAUUGCGAGAUACAGUUGAGGAUCUUCAGCUUCUACCACCUGAGCAGUUUGGCUUCCGUUCCGGACACUCCACCACCACAUAG